AUGAAAACUAGUCGUUUAGAAGAGAGAAUACCAAAGGCACAGGGCUAUUUGAAUAUGGGUAGUCCUUGUAAUGCUAUCAGUGCAUCACCUGAUGGUACGAAAUUGAUAGUUGCUGGUAAAGAUAUCGUCAAGAUUGUUUCUAUAGAGAAUGAAUCUGCACCAAAGGUAUUGAUCAACUUGCGUGCAGGUAAAACUCAAUCAUUAAACUAUACUGGUAAUGAUUGUUGUUGGCAUCCUUCACAAGUCGAGAAUUAUAAAUCAAUCAUUGCAACAGCUGCUACAAAUGGUGCUGUAGUCGUAUGGAAUAUAACAAGUGAAGGUGCAAGAUCAGUAGAAAGAGUUUGGACAGAUCAUAACAGAGCAGUAAACAAAUUAGCUUGGCAUCCUGAAAAGAGUGAACAACUUUUAACUGGUUCUCAAGAUGCUACCAUUAAAUUAUCAGAUAUUAGAGAUGCAAAUCCAUGUAAAAUAACCUUUCAACCAAAGAGUGAUGUAGUUAGAGAUGUACAAUUUCAUCCUUUUAAUCUCAACCAAUUUGCAGCAGCUUUUGAUAAUGGUACAGUGCAGCUUUGGGAUAUCAGAAAACAUACUGCUGCAGUAGAAAAGAUAACAGCUCAUCAAGGAUUGGUAUUAUCGAUUGAAUGGCAUCCAGAGGAAAAGAAUAUAAUAGCUAGUGGUGGAAGAGAUCGAGCUAUAAGGGUUUGGGAUAUAACCAAUGGAAAACCACUUUCCAACAUUUCAACCAUUUCUAGUGUCUCUCGUAUAAAAUGGAGACCAGGACACAAGUGGCAAAUAGCAAGUUGUUCAUCAAUUGUAGAUCUUCAAACUCAUAUAUGGGGUGUUAAACGUCCAUUCAUUCCAUUUGCAUCUUUUAGAGAGCAUCGUGAUGUUCCAACAGGUCUAUUGUGGAGAGACCCUCAAACAUUGAUUACUUGUUCAAAAGACAAUUAUCUAUUGGUAAAUAAUGUAUCCGAUGCCUACCAACCGUACCAUCACGUUCGUACUACUGGUAUUGGAUGGAAUGUAAAUAACGAACUUGCUACUAUUAAUGACAAAAUUAAUAGAAACCAAAAUAACGAAAUGAUUCAAUUAUCUGCACAGUUUCCUUCAUUUUUUUCAACAUAUAUGAGUGGUUCACAAACCCCUCAAGUACUCGGACCAACUCGAGAAAGGGGAAUAUUAAAUAUUCAUUCGCCAUUUGGAAAGGGAGAGUUGAAAAUGAUCGAUUCCUCUCCAUUUCUUUUCGAGUUUUUUGCCAAAAAUUAUAGAUUUCGUGCAAUGCCUUUCAAGGAGCUUUGUUCACACAAUGAACAGGUUGCCCUCCAGGUCAAACAAUUUUACAUCUCAAAAAUUUGGUCACUCAUUAAACUUUAUUAUGAUGCACCACCACCAACCAAACAAGAUAGUAAACAAGGCGACCAAAAAAAACCUCCACCAGAAUUACCUCAACAACAUCAAAUUCAAGUUUCACAACAACCGGAACCUGAAAACCAAGAACCAAAAAAAGAUGAAAAAGAAUUAACAAUGAUAGACGAGGGUUCACCAACUCAAACUCCCUCAAUUGGCUUGGAAAAUGAUAUUUUUGCUGAACAUGAUGACCCAUUCCAAUCUUUUUUAUCAGCAGAGGCUGUUACUCCUUUGGCUCCUUUACCCUCUUUGUUAUCCAAUAAUAAUAAUAAUAAUAAUAUAAAUAAUAAUAAUACUAUUCAAAGCAACGAAGAAAAAUUACAACAAAAACCACAAGGAGGAGGAGAACCUCAAAAACAACAGCAAAAACAAAAACAAAAACAAAAAGAGAAAAAAGGUCAAAAUGAAGAACAAGAAAAUAGUGUACAGGAAAAAGAAUACCAACAACAGGAAAUUAAUAAUCACAAUAAUGGAAUAGAUUUAUUAGACAGAAUUUUGGAAAAUAAUAGAAGAUUUAGUAACAAUAACUCCAACGUUGAUGAUUUUGACAUUUAUGUCCCAAAUAUAACAAGAAACAACAGUAAUCUAAGCAAUCUCAGCACACUACCACCCUUUGAACUGCCAGACUUUGACAUUGAACCAACCAUUGUUUCAAUGCUCGAACACUGUAUAGAACGAGGCGACAUCCAAACAUGUGUGUUUGUAACUCUAGUUUUAAAAAAUAUUCAACCAAUCAAAAUGAACGAUCGUACCUGCGUCAGCAAGUGGUUGGCCAGUUAUGUUGAACUAUUACAUCGUCACAAGCUAUGGAAUCAAUCAAAUGAAAUCAUCAAAUACUGCGAAGAGGCUAGUGUCUCUCAUCUCUCACAACGAAACACAACCAUCUUGGUGUCUUGCUCUUGUGGAAAGGGCAUCCUACCAGGUGCAAUAGUUUGCGAAAAAUGUGGAACCGUCCCAAGUGAAUGUUCUAUUUGCAAGUUACCAGUCAAGGGCGCCUAUGAUCAUCAAAUUCUUGGACAAUCCAGCUCCCCAAAUGAUUGUUCGGUUCCAAUCGGUCUCAAAACACUACACAUUAGUAGUAAUAGAGAAUUCAUUAUCGAAAGAAAUGAUAUUGGAGAACAAGGAAAACCAUCAAUGCUUGGACCAGUUUUAAAAUUGCCACUUUCAUUGGAAACAUUCAAGAUUACUUGCAAUGCUUUGGUCUUUGAUCCAGAAUUUAUAGAAUUUCCACCAAAACUCUGUGAAUUUUGGGUUGCUCUCUACUCUACCAGUGCAAUCAACUUUUCAAAAUGCCACCCCUGCAUUCCAAGAAUUUAUUUAUCAAGUAUUUUGAUUGUCCAUCAAAACUUAUUUUCCAUUGGCGUCAAAUAUUUAUCUCUAUCAAAUUGCAAUUUGGAUUCACAUGUUCUACCAGACUCUAUUACCAAACUCAAAUUGGUGAAAAGAGGAUCAGUCGAACAUUUAUUUGAUCGCCCAGGAAAUAUUCAAAAAGUUGAAUUAAAAUCAUUAUGGGGAGGUGUCAUUAGCUUUACGUCGUCCAAACCGACGACACUCGAGUAUGAACCAAAAUAUUUAUACUUUAACUUUUCAGAUGAUGGUUCAUCAUUUAAGUUUGAUAUUACCUCUAAUCCAAUAAUCAGAGACUCUGACCAACCAGAUAAUAUCAAAGCUUUUGGAUAUGGAUAUGAAUAA